AUGGAAGACAGAUGUAAAUCAAUCAACAUGGGACCAGAAGAUAAAGAUAAAGUUUUAUGUCAGAUAAGUGACUCAGACCACGUUCAACACCCAAAUGAUCUGAAACCGACAGAAGGCUUUACGUAUAGGGGCAUGGAGGUAAGCAAAAAAAUUUCGGUUUUUGAGUUUGCAAAUUUUAAAUCCUCUUUUGUAAAUCGCGCGAAAAAAGUCACAGAAUCGCAAUGUCUAUUCCGAAUGGGAAUUUGAGAAUAAACAUCGUUCAAAUGAAGUAAUUUAAAGAGAGGAAAUUAGCAAAUGGUGCCCCGAAUGAAUCGACAACAUGGAGUGCUCGCGAUUCCUAUGCACCUGCAAAAAGCUCUUUGGGAUCGUGCUAUGAAUGAUCUCAUCGGUCUCAGCAAUUAGAACCUUUUUGAGGAUAUCAAAGAGGAAAAUUAAAAGAACCUAGUAAUAUUAAAGCAUCAAUUGAUUAAUGUUUCUUUUAGCUUCGCAGUGUAAUAACGCACAUGGGAUAGGUUGUGUUAUGCGGCACUCUGGGUUCUAACCAAUCAGUUACCGUUAUUUGGUACCACGUGACGCAAGUUUUCCAAUCAUAUACCAAAAGUUUGAAAUUACACACAAUUCUUACAUUUUAGCGGCUCUAGAAAGUCUGCCGAUAAGGACUUUGCACAUUUUUAGCGGAAAUGACGUUUUUUCCGCCGAAUAUGAGAGCUGAAAUAAGAGCUGCUAAAAAGAAAUAGUACUUUUUCUGCGUUGAUGGUUUGUUUUCUCUCCAUGAAUUUUCUUGAUGUGCACAAUGGAACAAAAUUGUAUGGAAUUGGUUGGAUAGGAGAUCCUUGUUGCAAGCGGGACGCCCACUCUUCCUGGUGGAAAUCGCUCAGGAUGUUGUUGUUUUACAAUGGAGAAACUGAAGUUUCCUCUCGUGCAGAAAUAAAUCAUCUAUAAGUUCUCGAUGUACAAUAACAGAAUACGAUCUAAUAGCUCUGAACAAAACAUUCCAAUUUAUUCGAGUUUCAUCCACAGGCAUGAAUUUUAAGUGUUUGGAUAAGUAGGCGCCUUGAGUGGAAAAGACGUAGUUGAAAUAGAAGAAGAUGAAAAAUUACAAGAAGAGGAAGAACUGGAAGAAGAAAAAUAAGAAGAGGAGGAAGAACUAGAAGAGGAGGAGGAGCUAGAAGUAGAGGAAAAACUAGAAGAAGAGGAAGAAGAAGAGGAAGAUGAAGAAUUAGAAGAAGAAGAAGAAGAAAGACUAGACAAAGAUGAAAAACUUGAGAAAGAGGAGGAAAUAGGAGAAGAGAAAAACCUGAGGAAGAUGAAGUACUAAGGAAAGGGAGGAACUAGAAGAAGAGGAAGAACUACAAGAAGAUGAAGAUUUUGAAGAAUAUGAAGAACUAGAAGAUGAAGAACCAGAAGAAGAGGGGGAACUAGAAGAAGAGAAAGAACUACAAGAAGAUGAAGAUUUUGAAGAAGAUGAAGAACCAGAAGAAGAGGAGGAAACUAGAAGAUAAAGAACCAGAAGAAGAGGAAGAACUAGAAGAUGAAAAACAAGAAGAAGAUGAAGAACUAGAAGAAGAAGAGGAACUAGAAGAGGGGGAAGAGCUAGAGGUAGAGGAAGAACUAGCAGGAAAUGAAGAAUUAGAAGAUAAAGAACUAGAAGAACAGGAGGAACUUAAAGAUAAAAAGAGGAAAGAAGAGGAAGAAGAAGAGGAAUAACUAGAAGAAGAUGAAGAAAAAGAGGAAGAUGAAAAACUAGAAGAUGAUAAAGAGAUACAGGUAGAUGAAGAACUAGAAGAUGAUGAAAAACUAGAGAAAGAGGAAAAAGUAGAAGAAGAGGAAGAACUAGAAGAAGAUGCAGAACUAAAAGAAGAGGAGGAACUAGAAGAGGAGGAAGAACUAGAAGAGGAAGAAGAACCAGAAGAGGAAGAAAACUAGAAGUAGAGGAAGAACUAGAAGAGGAGGAAGAACUAGAAGAGGAGGAAGAACUAGAAGAGGAGGAAGAACUAGAAGAGGAGGAAGAACUAGAAGAGGAGGAAGAACUAGAAGAGGAGGAAGAACUAGAAGAGGAGGAAGAACUAGAAGAGGAGGAAGUAUUAGAAGAGGAGGAAGAACUAGAAGAGGAGGAAGAACUAGAAGAGGAGGAAGAACCAGAAGAGGAGGAAGAACUAGAAGAGGAGGAAGAACUAGAAGAGGAGGAAGAACUAGAAGAAGAGGAAGAACUAGAAGAGGAGGAAGAACUAGAAGAGGAGGAAGAACUAGAAGAGGAGGAAGAACUAGAAGAGGAGGAAGAACUAGAAGAGGAGGAAGAACUAGAAGAGGAGGAAGAACUAGAAGAGGAGGAAGAACUAGAAGUAGAGGAAGAACUAGAAGAGGAGGAAGAACUAGAAGAGGAGGAAGAACUAGAAGUAGAGGAAGAACUAGAAGAGGAGGAAGAAGAACUAGAAGAGGAGGAAGAACUAGAAGAGGAGGAAGAACUAGAAGAGGAGGAAGAACUAGAAGAGGAGGAAGAACUAGAAGAGGAGGAAGAACUAGAAGAAGAUAAAGAACUAGAAAAAGUUGAAGAACUAGAAGAAGAGGAAGAACUAGAAGAAGAUGAAAAACUAGAAGAGGAUCAAGAACUAGAAGAAGAGGAAGAACUAGAAGAAGAUAAAGAACUAGAAAAAGUUGAAGAACUAGAAGAAGAUGAAAAACUAGAAGAAGAUCAAGAACUAGAAGAAGAAUAGGAACUUGAAGAGGAGGAAGAGCUAGAGGAAAAGGAAGAACUAGCAGGAAAUGAAGAAUUAGAAGAUGAAGAACUAGAAUAAGAGGAGGAACUAGAAGAUGAAGAACUAGAAUAAGAGGAAGAAGAAGAGGAAAAACUAGAAGAAGAUGAAGAACUAGAGGAAGACGAAGAACCAGAAGAAGUUGAAAAACUAGAUAGAGAGGAAGAACUAGAAGAAGAUGAAUAACUAGAAGAGGAGGAAGAACCAGAAGAAGAUAAAGAACUAGAGGAAGAGGAAGAACUACAGGAAGAGGAAGAAGAAGAGGAGAGACUAGAAGAAGGGGAAGAACUAGAAGAAGAUGAAGAGCUAGAAGAAGAUGAUGAACUUGAGGAAGAGGAAGAAGAAGAGGAAAAACAAGAAGAAGGGGAAGAACUAGAAGAAGAUGUAGAACUAGAAGAAGAUGUAGAACUAGAAGAGGAGGAAGAACUAGAAGAGGAGGAAGAACUGAACAAAUGUCGAUCUGCGCGUAUUCAAAGGAAAAUGGAAAAAUUGAAACAUAAACUUUAUCAGGGAAGGACAAAACCAUGUUUGUAGACAAGAACAACAGCUUUCAUAACUAGAGUUUCAAAGAGGUGGAGCUGUCGUACAGAACUACGUAUGUUCCAGAACUACGCUGAGGAGGUCAUGAAACCUUAAGCAAUUCACUUCUCAUCUCUCUUAGGUGACUUUCGAUGUCAACUUGUCCGGAUCACGGAAUCUGUGUCGUGAUAGAUGACACGAUCGUCGAGAUGGUCCAAGUACUCAUGAGGUGAAGACACAGAAGUCACGGCGAGUUUAUUUAAUCUUUCACCGAAAUUUUGCCCAGAACGAAUUCAAUUUGGCCAGGGAUCGUUGAGCUGGAUUCAUAGAAAUACGUCUUGGUUCCACUUGGUUUCUUUCGUGCUCUUCGUCCUAUUAAUGUAUUAUUGCAACUCUUUUUCUGUUCGCACGUGAGAUGGUCCUCCACUGGCUUCUUGCCUCAUUUUCAACCAAGUAUUUGUAUCCUUGGACGCGUUGAUCUUCUGGGAAUGCCACACUUCAUGUAUUUUCAAAAUGCACUUCCCUUUCUCUACCACUUUAGCAGUCUUGGGUGUGCACUACGUGCCUCUCAAAAUACGCUCUACAUUUGUAUGUUCAGAUACAUAUCGGAGUUGUAGCAUGGGUUUCUUUUAUUCAAGUUCUAUACAGGUACGACACAAGUAUCAUAUGACGGGAUUAAAGAAUCGGCCAGAAGGAGGAAUGUCAAUCUAAGCCUAUCUGAAAAGUUAAGAAUUCUCUUGUGUCUUUCAAAUCGUGAAUAUGUGGGGAUUUCCUACGGAAUAAGGUCUGUACUUGUUCUCUAAAGGAUACUCGGAAGUGACAUCGAUGUAAUGAACUUUUCCCUUUUGUCUCGUCCGUCUUUUGAUACAGACAGUCAGCUCCUAUUCUUACACCAUGAAAAGCAUGACGGGGACUCAAGGCCUAACCACUACUAGAUCUUUCAAAAAUUCCUCCAACAGAAGAUCAUGUAGGGCUUCAAAAUCCCAGUCAUCUUCCCAUUCCUCGAUGACUUUGUAUCCCAUCAGUUUCAACGAGGCCUUAUCUUCACAGAUGGUCUCCUACACACUCCUCUCGUAAUACAGUAGGGUGUACCGAAGAAAUCGCAUGACAACGAGGACAUCUGCACCAUAAACAUCCGUGAAAUUCGUAUGCAUCGUAUCCGUCAACGUUAUAGACUCACGUAGGUGUCACGAUCGCACGUUCCCCUCGAUUCCUAGCAUGCGAAACUCGAUCUUCCUCUCUUCCUUUGGUGUCAUUCAAACGCAGCAUGUGUUCUAUCCGUUUUAACCAUUUCAAAGCUUUGGUAGAUUAAUUAUUGCGCACCCCAUGCCAACCACCAGGUGGUUCCACGAUGAUGUUUGCUCCAAUGCAUAUUACUAGCUCUGGUAAUAGUGAUACAAUGUUCCAUAGGAUCAAAUUGGGCCUCUUGAGUAAAUUUUUUCGGAAUUUCUGACAUCCGGCUCUCAAGAGCUUGAGAGAUGCAAUAAUCUGCCAUCUCUUAAAAUAUAUGAGAGUUCACAUCCCGUCGAAUUUUAUCAUGGAACCAGGUCUCAAAUUCUCGUCGAUUGUCGUGACGCAUACCGUUAUGAUAAAACGUGUCGCAGGCGGCAAGAGUCCGUCGUAAUUUUGAUUUUUACUUGUGUUAAACAAAUGAGUGAAAAAUUAGGAAACGAAGUCAAAGAAGGGGAAAGAAAUAAAACGAGUCGAACGUGAUAGGACCUGAUGUCACAGAUAGGAGUUUGGUUCCCACACAGACUUGAUUCUCGACCAUACGAUGCUGUCGAAAAGUUCUUCCAAAACAAACAUCCCAUCGUAUCCUUUAAGAUUAUGAAACAAUACCUCGACAGACCAUUAAAAUCCAUUUUCGCUCACGGCCACUUCAUUCAAGAAAUCGAAAACAAAAUUCUUCGGAACAAUUUUCAACGCAAAACUCCUGCGCCUUCUCAUCGUUAGCGGCUGUCUUUCAACACAAGAGAAUAGGAUGAUGUUGCAAUCUUCAACAUAACGUCCUACUCGUCUUUUUUUCUUUUUUGCCUGUUUAAUGUAACACUUAUGUUGACAUAUUCCCCACAGACUUGGCAUUUGGCCACUCCUCAUCGAUAUUUGGCGACUAUGGAUCUUCGAUCAUCCCUAUUUUGAUUCUUUCUUGUGGCUGUUUUCGACUUCCUUAAAUAAUUCGGAAAAAUUAUUUGUACGUUUUGCAAAUAGAUUCACGCAAGGAUUGGGUCGAGUCUAUGAUACCGAUAAUAAACUUCUCCAUAAAACGAACGUAGACAUACACAGCACAUCUGAAGAGAAGUGUCACUUUGACGUUUUCCAGGACAAUUACGGCGAUGACACGAGAAACAUUUCUUUCCUCCGCAAGUAUGAUGAUCAUAAUCAUCUGUAUUAAAUGCACAGUCGCAUUCGUGACGAUUUGCUCAAGAUUCCUCCUUACGAUGCGAAACCAUGAUGGUGAUGUCCAUCUACUUGCACCGGUUCAAUCUUUGCAAGGACCCUUGAAAAUAGUCAGGUGAAGCUUAUUCAACGACACCACUUGAAUCUGGUACUUAAGACUCGCUGCUUUUUAAAACUUUUCCAAUUCCCUUACACCACAAGAGCAUUCUUCCACACCUGCCAAUCGAUAUAGCCACGUUACGUUAUACGAUCAGUCCAUUUGAGCCGCAUGGUACUAAAUAACUCUAUCCGAUUGAUUAGGACCCAGAGUGCCACAUAACAUUUCUGGGAUGUUGUAAGAUCUUUUUAUAACGCCAGAAAAAUUUUUCCAUGUCGUAUCUGAGACCAUUUAAGGACAAGUUUUUGUACUCUUUUUUGUGUUCUCAUAAUAUAUCAAAAGAGUUAUUAUCAAUCCGAGCGUGUAUAGCAUCUUUAUGAAAAAUAAGGCAAUAUAUAUAUCAAAGUUCACAUGGCAACCAAGUAGACAAUCAGACAUGGUUUCGUGUUACUCUGGUUUAAAGAUUUAAUGAAUGUAACCGAGAAGUUACAUUUAAUAGACCCAACGUUUCGACAUUCCUGUUUAGUGUCUUCUUCAUCACUUCUUAUCACCUCUGAUUAAGACACUAGAAAGGAGUUUCGAAACGUUGCGUCUAUGAAUUGUAACUUUUUGGUUACAUUCAUUAAAUCUUUCAACCAGAGUAGCAUCAAACCAUGUCUGAAGGUAAAAUAUGUUUUCACCAGAACAAGUGUUGCCUCAGUAUGUGCCAUAAGAACGCAACUUGCCUGGUUGGAUUUACGGACAAGGGAUACAAAUGUGUGUGUCAGGCUGGUUACAAGGGAGAACAUUGUGAAAAAGGUGAGGACCACUAUGCGUUGCAUCACGCAUAUUUACUAUUUCAUGUAUGUGUCCUUUAUAUCAGUUUAAGUUUCGUAGCGUAAAUGUACAUAUGUCCUUCGAGCAGUUACGAUGCAAUUAUAACACUUUGUACCCAUUUUUGGUUUUUGUUUCAUUUCGAUACUCGCGUCCCAUGGGAUACUUCGUGUCAUCUCGUGUAGUGUAUCGCGCUUUAAUCAUUUGUUUUAGAUAUUGACGAGUGAUCUAACAAUACCCAUAACUGCCAUGCCAAGGUUGUGUUUAUAAUAUCCAGAAGUCUUACAGUUAUAGAUGUAAAGAAGGUUUUAAGGGAGAAAGAUGAAAUUUCAUGGUUAAGUUCAGAGUAAUCAUUGCAAUAUAUUUUUAGUAAUGUAGCAUUCCUAGAUUACAAACCUUUUUUAUUCUACCAUAAUUCAAUUUUGCCAAAAAAAAGGCAAGAACACGCUCAAAAAGAAAGGUCACAACGGAGCGAAUAAAAACAGUUAAAAACAAGAAUAGAUGCAAAAAAAAAAAUUCCGAGAAUAAUAAUAAUGAUGAUUAUAAUCGAAUUAUUUAUUCAGUAUAACCCUUCAAUAAAAAGUACUGUUAUCAACAAGGUCCUUUUGAUUAAGAUUAAAAACUCAGAAAUAAGAAAUUAAAAUAUAUAUAAGAUAAAAUCUAUUAAAACAAAAAUACACUAAGUUAAAAACAAUUAAAACAACAAUGGAAACUACAAGUAAUAAUCGUCCGGACUUUCCUAAAUGAAAACUCCAGAAUUUAUGUUCCUUAAACCUGAAGGUAACGAAUUAAAAAAUCGAGGCACCCAAAAAUAAAAAUUACGGCGCGCAAAAUCCAGUUUGGCUUUUGGUAGCUUUGUUGUUUUUCCAUUGUUCCCUGUGUUUAUUGCGUUAUGUUGUAAAAAAAAACAAACAAACAUCUGACGGAAAAGAAAUCGUUAGAAAACUCCAGCUAUACCGUCAUCAGAUUUUGUUAAUCAUUCGUGUAUUUACAGACCGAAUCAAAACUCCACUCGAUCUUUUCACCAUCUCUUUUAAAACUGAUAGAAUGGUGACUUGACAUAUCAAGAUAAAAACCAAUAAAAUAAACAUAGGUAAUAAGAAAGCUUGACUAUACUUUUUAAUAAACGAAAGAACUUAUGAUAUGAAAAGAGGUUGAGUUGAACCUUUUUUGCCCUUCAGCAUUCAAAGCAGUUUUGACAAAUCUCAAUGCCACUGGAAGAUAUGGUCCAACAUCGCUGGGCAGUCAUUACAAAGGUCAGGAUCAUGACGGACAAGUUACAUUGUCCAGCGGUAUUCAACAGUGGACUGUGCCGUACACUGGUGACUACAGAAUAGAAGCAAUAGGAGCAGCAGGAGGGUACGAUCGAGGGAUUAACAGCUCUCAGUACCGUGGAAGAGGAGCAAGAAUGAUUGGAACAUUCUGCUUAAACAAGGGUGAGGUCAUUCAAAUACUUGUAGGUCAAGAAGGAGGAAUAAACAAGAGGAGUUUUGCUUCUGGCGGUGGUGGAGGUACAUUUGUAGUGAGAGGAGCCGACUCACCUUUGAUAAUAGCCGGAGGCGGAGGAGGCACAGAACAUGUUUUGUCAAGGCAUAAAGGAUGCGACGCCAGUACAAAUACAACGGGGAAUCCUGAAUACAGAUCAUGGUCAGGGGGGAGCAAUGGGCAUGGUGCUCAAAUUGCUGAUGAUUAUUUUUCAGGUAAGAUAAUACUGUGAUGAUCCCUUACCUCUCAGCUCCUCAUUAAUGAAAUUGUUAAUGUAUGUUUCAAAUUUAAAUAAUCGGCCCUAGUCCCCCCAAAAAACCAACACUAAACACUGAGACUACCUAGGCAAAGCACCAGUUUAUGCAUAUAGGGAUAAUAUAGACACAUGUAAAAAUAUUAAACCUAACGGAUGGCCGCUCAAUAGAAAUACAUCAUACACAGGUAUGACCACGUUGAUAUAGGUACAUUAGGGAUUCAAAAUAAGGAAAGUCUACGACCUUAAUCAUCAAUGGUUUCUGUUUGUUAUUUUCUCAGGGGGUGGUGGUGGUGGGUUUUACUCCAGUGGAAGAAGUGGAAAGUAUUUCAAUGGGACCAAGGGAAACGGCGGAGAAGGUGGUAAGGGAUUUCUACAGGGAGGGGUGGGUGGAAGAGCAGUAUAUCACAAUGUUGUUGGUGGGUUUGGUGGAGGAGGUGGAGCUUAUGGACGGGGAGGAGGAGGAGGAGGAGGAGGAGGGUACUCUGGGGGAAGCAGUGGAGAUGCUAGGUAUGAUUCCUGUGGGGGAGGGGGUGGCUCUUACAACGAUGGAAACAACCAGGACAAUGCAUGUUGUUAUAGUACGGCUGGUCAUGGUCAGGUGACUAUCACAUUACUCUGA